AUGUCGGCAGGGUCCUCUCGGACUCGGCAAGCGGCAUCCGCCGCUGGUGGAGUGCGCCGCAUGCGUUGGACAAGAGAUAUGAACGCAAACGCAUUGCGGGCGUACUAUAGGGCGAAAGGGGAAGAAACUAAGGGGAUAGCGUAUCGGGCUCGGAUGCAUUGCUUUUUUGCUGAGCUGGAGCCGUCUAUUCCCGUCACGGAACAAAACCUGGCAGACCGAGUUCGGUACAUCAUGCGCUCGAAAAUAUUUGAUGAUGCCGAGCUCGAACGACUACGACGUGAGGCCAUUCCCUCAUCGAAUGAAUUGGCUACGGCUGGGGAUGCGGCUCCUCAGGCGACAGACCAGCUGCCACGCGUAGAAGCUGCCAUGGAUCUUCCAGUUGUGGUUGAUUCCGACGAUGAUGAAAUGGUCUCCCACGAACUAGAGCAAAUGAGGAGUAUACUGGAAGAGGCGAUUUUGGAAACGCGCACCAUGCCUCUCGAAAAUCGACCGCGACUUCCCCGCAUACCCCUAAGCAAGCGAAAUCGGGCUGUCGUGAGGGCUCUUAACCCUAUGCUGGUAACCUAUUUGGAAGCCAGCCGGGACCUUUGCGAGACGGACUCAGUUCUUUUUGGCGCCGCAGUGGCAGCUUGCCGUAUUAUUGGCGCCAAACUUCCCAUGGCUGGACGCGCUACUAAACAAAGUAGCGCCAUCCCAGCCUGGAGAAAAAGAAUUGAGGACCGUAUCGCAAAGGCAAGGGCCCUUAUCGGCAGACUGAUAAGCUUCAGGUCGGGUAAUAAUAGACCGAGGGUUGUGCGCUCCGUUAGAAUGGCGUUUGCUGGGACAAAAAUCAGUUUGUCCCAGCCGGAUAUCACGCAGAAACUAACGGAGCGCAUAGACGACCUGAAGCAAAAGAUCGCUGCUUGGGGGAAGCGGAUUCGCCGAUUUACCGAGAAUUAA